CACCCGUUUGCAGCCAUGAUGCAGGAAGGGCUGGACGACGGACCCGACUUCCUGUCCGAGGAGGACCGGGGACAGCCGCGGGCAGUGAACGUGGACCUGCAGACGGACGCCACGCUGCAGGUGGACAUCUCCGACGCUCUGAGUGAGAGGGACAAGGUCAAGUUCACCGUCCACACUAAGAGCACACUGCCCAACUUCAAGCAGAACGAGUUCUCGGUGGUCCGACAGCACGAAGAGUUCAUCUGGCUUCACGACUCGUUUGUGGAGAACGAAGAAUACGCCGGAUACAUCAUUCCCCCCGCGCCCCCCCGACCAGACUUUGAUGCAUCCAGAGAGAAGCUGCAGAAGCUCGGGGAGGGAGAAGGCUCCAUGACCAAAGAGGAGUUCACCAAGAUGAAGCAGGAGCUGGAGGCAGAGUACCUGGCCAUCUUCAAGAAGACCGUAGCCAUGCACGAGGUUUUCCUGUGUCGCGUGGCGGCUCAUCCUGUCCUCAGGAAGGACCUCAACUUCCACGUCUUCCUGGAGUACAACCAGGACCUGAGCGUCCGAGGGAAGAACAAGAAGGAGAAGCUGGAGGACUUCUUCAAGAACGUGGUGAAGUCAGCCGACGGCGUCCUGGUGGCCGGAGUCAAGGACGUCGACGACUUCUUUGAGCACGAGAAGACGUUUCUGUUAGAAUAUCACAACCGAGUCAAAGACGCUUCGGCCAAAUCCGACCGAAUGAUCCGCUCACACAAAAAUGCUGCGGAUGACAUCAACAGAAUUGCCUCGUCUCUCUACACUUUGGGAACGCAGGACUCCACAGAGCUCUGCAAGUUCUUCCUCAAAGUGUCGGAGCUGUUUGAGAAGACGAGGAAGAUUGAAGCUCGAGUUGCAGCAGAUGAAGACCUGAAGCUGGCCGACCUGCUGAAAUAUUACCUGAGAGAGUCGCAAGCUGCAAAGGACCUGCUGUACCGGAGGAGCCGGUCUCUGGUGGACUACGAGAACGCCAACAAGGCUCUGGACAAAGCUCGAGCCAAGAACAGAGACGUCCUGCAGGCGGAGACCAGCCAGCAGCUCUGCUGCCACAAGUUUGAGAAGAUCUCCGAGUCCGCCAAACAAGAGCUCGUAGACUUCAAGACGAGGCGAGUGGCGGCUUUCAGGAAGAACCUGGUGGAGCUGGCAGAGCUGGAGCUCAAACACGCCAAGGGGAACCUCCAGCUGCUGCAGAGCUGUCUGGGUGUUCUGAAAGUGAACUAGAACGUCCUUGGACUGGUUUGACAGGUUUUGGUGGGUUUGGCGCCUGCUCCUCGAUGGGCUCCACAAACGUCUGUUUUCAUGAAUCACAUCUACAGAAGAGGACGUAGUAACAUCUUGUGUCUGAUGAUCCCAGAAGCUGUCGUGGUCUUCUCUUUGAGCUUCAGUUCAUGAUCUGGUUUGAUGGAAGCUCACUAACAUCAUUUUUCUUUCUGUAAUUGUUAUUUGAUCAUCUGACUCGAGUCUUCACGCUUCUCAUGAAAAUAAGACCUCAGACUAAAGCUCUAAAGUCUUAUUUUGGCGGUGUCUGCGGUGCUUUUAUUGUGUUGGGAAUCUGAUUUGUUCAAUAACUCCAUCCUCACGUCUCUGAUCAGCUGUUUGUUGCCAUGGAGCUUGGGUCUGUUGCCUUAAGGUCCACCGUCUCUUCUGAAGAACAAUUAGUUUUUAACGUCACACCAUAAGAAUGUUUUUUCACUCAUGUGACCAAAGCUUUGAUUUCUGAUUAAAGAUGGACAUGAAAAGAAAUAAAGAGACAAAGAUGAUUUGUGAAACUAACAA